AUGACGCCACUAAGGGCAAAUGGACAACUACAGGGCUGCUCGCAAGUGACCCACCUCUCUUCCACCUCUAGCAUGUCCAAAAUACUGAAAUGUGCUGGAAACGAAGACAUCAUAACUCUCCGAGCGGAAGACAACGCGGAUACCUUGGCUCUAGUGUUUGAAGCACCAAAUCAGGAGAAGGUUUCUGAUUAUGAGAUGAAGCUAAUGGAUCUCGAUGUGGAGCAGCUGGGAAUUCCAGAACAAGAAUAUAGCUGUGUAGUGAAAAUGCCUUCUGCUGAAUUCGCCCGCAUCUGUAGAGAUCUCAGCCACAUUGGCGAUGCAGUUGUCAUCUCCUGCGCAAAAGAUGGUGUGAAAUUUUCAGCUAAUGGAGAGCUGGGAAAUGGAAACAUCAAGCUGUCACAGACCAGUAACGUGGAUAAAGAGGAGGAAGCUGUUACAAUAGAGAUGAAUGAGCCAGUCCAAUUGACCUUUGCUCUGAGGUACUUGAACUUUUUUACCAAAGCCACUCCCCUGUCACCUACGGUAACACUCAGCAUGUCUGCAGAUGUUCCUCUUGUUGUGGAGUACAAGAUUGCUGAUAUGGGACACUUAAAAUACUACCUGGCUCCAAAGAUUGAAGACCAACAAGAAGGCUCUUAAUUGGAGUAGGACUGAGGGGCGGAUCUGGUCAGCUCUUCGGAGGGGACAACUGACUUUGAGAAGGAAAUGGUGGUGUUAGCAAUUUCAGUGCGUUGGAGCAUCGUAUGAGCACUGUUAGGCAUGUUGUGUAGAUAUGUUUGUAAAUAUUUUUCAACUUACUAUUUUGCUAUACUGGUGUCAUUGGAAAUAGGAAACUUUGUUUUUUUCUAGUCUAUUCCUGUACUUCUGAUAAUCUUAGAUGCCGUCUUAAGGUGAAACAUCUUACUCCUUUCAACUUGUGUUAGAGAAGGGGUGCAAUAUUUAACUUGAGUAAAGGUGAUGUUUCCUAGAGUUUCACCCGUGGAGCUGUAGUUGACUAGGGUUGCUGUUCAGUUAUGCCACGAGUUUAUUUGACCUUCCUUCAUCCAUUUAUUUUAAGCUGGUAUUCUAACUGAAACUUGGAAAUAAAGAAUAUAACUUCAUGGUUUUUAUCCUGUUUAAAUGUGGAUGGAUGAAUCAAUGCUUUGUCAAACUGU